AUGGUGAAGGGAAAGGGAAGGGCUGGCAGGAAAAAGGUUGAGAUCAAGCGCAUCGAAAAAAAGGAUGCACGUGACGUUUGCUUCUCGAAGCGUCGCCAAACCCUAUUUAAUAAAGCUGGUGAGCUUUCAUUGCUAUGUAAUGCAAAUAUAGCUGCUGUUGUGAUUUCUCCUGCUGGUAGGGGUUUCUCCUUUGCCCAUCCCUCUGUUGAUGAUGUUGCUGACCGCUUGGCCUCCAUGGCCAUGGGCAUUCCCAAUAACCAUUCCUUGGGUGGUGGGUACCAUGAUAGCGGUGAGGUGACAAACAUAGCGCAACAGCAGAAAAUUGAAUAUGUGGAGCUCCAAAAGUCAUUGGAAAAGUCGGAAAAGAAGAAGAGGGUUCAGGAGGCAAUGGAGAAGGAGAGGGCAGGACAUCUUAUGCAAUCACUGACUUCUGAAGUUAAUCUCCUGGGGCAGGAUGAAUUGGAGGAGCUGCACAACAAACUCUCAGCUCUACCUUACACUUCCAUUGCAAAGUUCUACCAGGUACUGCAAGAUGCAAAGGGUACUAGAAUGCCAUUGCCACAGCCACAUAUUGAAAUAGCAUGUCAAUCACAAUUUCUAUUUGAAGAGCAGGCUGUCACACCCGCAAAUGCUGAUUUUCCGGGAUCUAGCACAUGAUGUCCAGUGUCCAGGGUUGUGGUGACUCUUGCAGCUGCUUCGAUGGACGAUUUGAAGUGUGAUUCCUAUUACUAGCCUAUGUUUUAGACUUGUAAUGGUGAAGCAUAUAUAUAUGCUUGCACCAAUCAUGGGGAAUAAAUCAAAAUUACUUUAUGAAAACUUUCUAUGUCAAAUCUCGACUU